CCGUUAGUUUCACUCUCUCCUUAGUGCUUCCUUGGUACGAUCCUGAGCUAAGCAAGUUAGCGAUUUAGGCAGCUCCUUUUCUUCCGAGAUUUUUGGGUGAGAGUCAGGUAUUGUUAGCAUCAGUUUCCAGUCUUUAUAUGUCGCUUGUUGGGUGCAACGUCGUUGUAAGAGCAUAUAAAAUGGAAGAUGCUUAUAUACGGACGCAUAAAGGGGAACUGUAUAACCACAACAUCAAGCAAAACAUCCGUUUCUAUUUUUAUUUGCUAGCACUAUUUAUAUCUCUUCGUGGGGUGCUUAGAAAAUCAUGUUUUAUCAUUGAACAACAAUUUGUUGAGCACCAUUUAUCUCUAAUAUUUAAUUCAUGUUAAAAAACAACAGAUUGCAUCUGAGAAGCAGAUUUUAGACAGAUCAUAUGAUCGCGUGCGUGGAUCUGUUACCAUUGAACGGCGCAUAGGCGAGGAAUAUGUUGCAUUUGGUACAGGUUUUGUGAUGGUUUCCGAUCAGAAGCAAGUCCUGACAAGUGUUCAUGAGUCUAUAGUCAAGGAUGGGGAGAGAUUAUUUGUUCGCUUCUAUGAUGAUAUCCAGAUGGAGGCCACCAUAUUUCUGAGAAACACACCAUCCAAGCAUGUUGUUCUGAAAGUUAGCCCUCGUCCUCCUCGUAGGCGCCAUCAUGUCAUCUUUAAUGAAAAUCAAGUUAGAAGACAGAAUGUUUUCACAAUUUCGGCAGUGGAAAGAUUUGAUGAACGUGGUUUGAUGACUGGCUCGAUAAGCAUUCCAAACUGCGAAGCAGUCCGACCAGAUGGGACUAUUGUGUACGGGAGCCAGAAUUUAUUUGUUAUGAGUUGCCCCAUGGGAGGACCGAAAGUUAAAGGAGAACCAAAUGGAGAGGACUUGCAAUUAGUCGGUGCCGCGGUAUUCGACAUGGACGGUCUAGUAAUUGGCACAGUUGAUCGAGUUGACAUGUCUGCGUUUGAUAUAAAAUAUGCAAUUAAAACAAGUUCAUUUCUGAAUGAUCUGGAAAGUUUGUUGAAGGAUAUUGAUGAUACGAUUGUUCUUUCGAAGGAUCAACAAGGCUUCAGCAAAGGCGCUGGAACGAGCAAGCAGGGAGGUAGUGUGGCGGGAUCAAGUAGAAAGAGGGGCCGUGAUGAUCCACCUGGAGGUGGAGGUGGCAGGAGGACAGGAGGUGGCACGUUGAGGGAAGAAGGUUUAUGCAUGGACCAACUCAAAGUGAACUUGGAGGUGGCCAACGAAGAAAAAUUGAGGCUACUCAAGUAUCCAGUCCAAGGUGACAGGGAUGUUGGAAGAAAAGAAGCAAUGCGAUGGGAACUCAUUAGGCUCGUCACUUGAGAAUUGGAUGACCAACAGUCGGGCUCCCUAUCUUCACCAGGUGAUAUGGCAGCGCCUCUUGCAUCUGCUAAAGUGCCGGGCUCUACUGUGGCCCCUGACUUCGAGGCAGCUGCUGGAACAAUGCACACACGCUUUGGAAAAGAAAAUAGGGGAGAUUCCCUGGUUAAGCUGCGCUGAAGAAACAAAGAAUCACUGUGAGGCUGAAGAAUCAGAGAAUCACCGUCAGGCUGUUGGGGUCCUGGGAUGCCUGAAUUGCAACAUUCACGCUUGAUUUGGCUACACUUCCAGGCAUCUUGGUGCUAUUUUGGUGUGAUUUGCGAGCAUGCGGUGGUUACGCAUGAACUUUGCUUUAUUUCUAAAGUUUGUGAUGCCUUCGGUUUGAUGAAAACCAAGGGACCAUUUUAUGCUUCUAGAAACAGAGAGGCUAAUAUCUGCUAGAUUUUCAUAAAAGUGAAUUAGCCUCUAAUUAUUGUUCUGUUGUCCAAUUGCCUUUGCGGUGAGAA